AUGGUUACAACAGUCUUCACUAAUGGCCGUGUCCUCUUUCCCGGCUUGUGGGGUGGCUUUGUCUCUACCCUGGUAAUCGAGGACGACCAUAUCAUGCACGUCGGCUGGGACCAUGACCAAGCAGUUGUUCGGGUUCAAGCGACAGCAUCAACAGUGGACUUGAAAAAUCGAAUGGUCCUCCCGGGCUUUAUUGAUGGCCAUGUACACGUCCUCAAUUUCGGUAUGUCGCUGCAGAAACUCGACCUUCUGCCUUGCAAGAACCUCGCAGAUAUCCAAAAUGCCAUCACUUCCUACGCAGCGAUUCAUCCAUCCGAUCCACGGAUUCUGUGCCGAGGCUGGGUCCAGUCGGUUACGGAUGGCAACGCUCUUGCAACAGCCUUGGAUGACUUAGAUCCGCGACCGAUCUACAUCGAGGCACUGGACCUCCACUCAACGUGGUGCAAUAAUGCAGCUCUCAAAGAGCUAGAGGCUCACUCGAAAUCCGACCCUCCAGGGGGAAAGAUUCAUCGCUGCCACAACGGGAUGCCGUCUGGCUUGCUUGAAGAAGCUGCGCAGUUCGAUAUCGUCUGGCCAUUUUUGGACCGAGUCACGUCCAUGGAGAAGAAGGUAGCUGCGAUUGAUGCUGCGAUCAGUGCGCAUCAACGUGCUGGGUAUACUGGACUCGUGGAUAUGGCUAUGGGAGAGAGUGAGUGGGAGGCAUUGAAUCACUACAGAAACCAACGUGGUGAACUUCCGAUGCAUGUGGCAGCACACUGGUUGGUGCCCUACUCAAAAUGUGAUUCCGACAUCUGCGAUUAUAUUGAUCGCGCCAUUGAGCUUCAACAAACUUUCAACCGCAAAACCUCCCCGGAGUUUUGUAUCAAUGGCAUCAAGCUCCUCUGUGACGGCACUGUGGAUGGGUGUACAGCGGGACUACACCAGCCGUAUGGCAGAUUUUCCAACAUUGUCGAUCCCAUAUGGCCUGUUGAUGCCCUUGCAGCAGCUAUUCGCCGCGCUACCGAUGCCGACCUGCAGUGCGCCAUUCACGCAAUCGGGGAUCGAACAGUGCAACAGGCUAUUGACUGUUUAUCGCAGAUUCAGAACCUGCCAGCCUGUCGUCAUCGUAUUGAACACCUAGAGAUAACAACUCGCAAAGACGCGAGAAGGCUUGGCCAACUGGGGAUAGUGGCCUCAGUCCAACCUGUUCACCUAGACCCAGCGACCUUUGACGGAUGGCCGGAGAUGCUUGGGAUUCAGCGUUGCAAGCGAGCUUUCGCGUACCAAGACUUCGUCGAUGCCGGUGCUCAUUUGGCCUUUGGGACCGAUGCCCCCACUGCGGGGCAUCACGCACUGUCGAAUCUUUACAUUGCUACUACUCGGCGGUCAUCUAUCGAUCCCUCCUUGCAAGGUACCGUCAACCCUGAAUUCACAGUUUCCCUCGCGACAGCUGUCUCAGCAGCUACUGCGGGGGCUGCGUAUGCGUCCUUUUCAGACUCGUGGACAGGGAGUCUACUUCCGGGAUUAAGUGCCAAUUUUGUUGUAUUGGAUAUGAUCUGGGACCCGGAAUCUCUGUUAGAAGCUCGGGUGUGUCAAACCUGGUAUAAGGGAAAGAAAGUGUUUGAUGAAGAGGCGGGUGGGCUGUGA